AUUGCAGAAGGACCUAUUUGAAUGAUGAUGCCUGUGUGUUCGUACUUCCUGAAGGGUAUAUGUAACAACAGUAGCUGUCCCUACAGCCAUGUAUAUGUGUCCCGCAAAGCUGCUGUGUGCCAGGACUUCAUCAGGGGGUACUGCCCUCAGGGUCAGAAGUGUAAGAAGAAGCACACCCUGGUGUGUCCAGACUUCUCCAGUACUGGCUCCUGUCCCCAAGGGGCCCAUUGUAAGCUCCAGCACCGUCAGAGGGCCAAACGCACCACUCCUAACGCCAGGGCAGCUACAGGCCCCUCCGCCACCCCGGCCAAGAAGGCCCGUACCAAGAGGACCAGCCUGUCAGUGGUUCUCCCUCAGGCCCAAGCAGCAGAGGGUUCUGCUCAGGCAGAUCCAUCGACACCCUCGUCCUCGGGUCGUCACAACACCAAGCUGCCAUCCUUCAUCUCCCUUUCCAGCUCCCCAGAGGAUGCAGACGCUCCGGACACGCCCCCCGUCGAUAGGUUAGAGGUCACAGAGAGAACACUGCAGCUCAUGCCUCGACUCCAGAACUACAGGAGCUAGAAUGGAUACUGCCUGAACAUCACCAAAUUAACUUUGAAAAUACUACAUAGACGUAUGUAUUGAAUGCUAAUGGCAGCGCUGAGGUUUCUGACUCACAUAUAUAUAUAUAUAUAUCUCAACUCUACCAUACUCAGGGUCUAUAAUGUAGUGCUCUUGUUAAAGUUGUUCUGUGGACUCAUACAUUUCAUAUAGCAAUGAUGUUUUUAAUACAGAUUUUAUUGAUAUGUGAACAUGUUUUUAAUACAGAUUUUAUUGAUAUGUGAACAUGUUUUGGUUCUUUGUAAAUUGGAGAUUGAAUAAAAUGAAUGUUAUUACUGUA